GGAAGAACCGUCAACUUGAAAAGUGUUACGUUUUAUUUCUCAUAUAUCCGAAAUUUUAUGCGCGAUUCCUCAUAUACUGACGAUCAAAAUGGCGUCGCUUUGCUUUGAUGUUGUGUCGUCUGCUCCGGGCCUCGUGAGGUCAACAGACUUGACAGCGCUUGCAAUAGGCCUAAAAACUUCCUCACCUCUUUAAAUUAGUUCAUUGAAGAUCCCUUGAAUGUCGGAGAUAAAUAGUGAAGCCAUUUUGAGGCUCACUGCUGAAUUUUUAAAAUCCCCGCCGGAAGCGGAAGCGCUCGGCGGACAUUUUGAUCGUCAGUAUGAGCACCAAAUCGGUCAGAAGUCAGUAACGCAAGGAACCGCAAUAGGAAUCGUGGUGUAAACUGACUGUUCUGUUCUGUUGAAAACGGUCUGCUAGGGCUUUCAAGUUCUCUUUUGAUCUGGACAUUUUAAAUGCUUUGCGUUAAGUAAAUCUAUUUUCAGUAUGGACAAACUGUUAAAAUUUUUAGGAAAUUAUGUGUAUAGACAAGGUUUUGUAGUAUCAAAUCAUGUAUCUUGUAGAACUUUGAGGAAAGCUGAAUGGGUGGAGGUUAGGCGUUUGUUGCAUCAGACACGGCCAAUAUUAAAUGACUCUUUACGGAGAACUAUUUACUGUACACCUAGUGUAUUGCCUUAUACUGCUCAUGCAGACAUUUGUUUUCAAUCAAAUUACCACAAGUAUAACAGUCGUUCAAAGAGUAAACCACCUCCAUCAAAACAUUCUCUAGCUCUGCUUAGUUUUGGUAUUAUUACAGCAUAUUGUGCAGCUUAUGAGUCAGAUAAGCGUUUAGUUACUGCAGCCAAGAAAGGAAAUGAUGCUGAAGUCAGAAAUCUCAUAAGGGAAGGCCAUGAUGUAAAUAAACGGCACCCUUUGGGAUGGACCGCACUUCAGGCUGCUGCAAUCAAUGGCAAAUCCGGCACAGUGAAAAUUCUACUUGACGCUGGAGCUGAUCCGAACCUCGGAGAUGAAUUUUCCAAUGUUUACCGUACUGCUAUGGAGCGAGGAAUGAGGGCAGCUGAAGUUGUCUCAGUGCGAGAAGAAGAGUUUAGUGACCGUUUGGAUUACAUGGCAACUUUCCGGAAUUUCACUGCCCUUCAUUAUGCUGUACUGGCAGAUGAUGUGGAUACAGUUGCUGUAUUGCUUCAGGGAGGAGCAAACCCUCUUCUGCAAAAUGAUCAUACCAAGCAAGCAAUCAGUUACUCCAACAGAGAGAAUAGAAGACUUGUGAAUUUACUUGAGUCUCACAUGAAAACUUUCGAAAAGAAGCAAAAGGAGCUUGAAGCACUAGAAAGGCGCAGGUUUCCUUUGGAGCAGCGCUUGCGCCAGCACAUUGUUGGGCAAGAGAAUGGAAUUGUCACUGUGGCUGCUGCUAUAAGGCGUAAGGAAAAUGGAUGGGCAGAUGAGGAUCACCCACUUGUGUUCCUCUUUCUGGGAUCUUCAGGUAUAGGAAAGACAGAGCUCGCCAAACAGCUUGCCUCUUACAUACAUAAAUCAAAUGCAGAAUCCUUCAUUCGACUUGACAUGUCUGAAUACCAAGAAAAGCAUGAAGUUUCAAAGCUGAUUGGGUCACCACCUGGUUAUGUGGGUCAUGAUGAAGGAGGCCAGCUCACCAAACGUUUAAGAAAAUGCCCAUCUGCUGUUGUUCUCUUUGAUGAAGUGGACAAGGCUCACCCUGAUGUGCUCACUGUUCUAUUGCAGCUAUUUGAUGAGGGAAGGCUUACUGAUGGGAAAGGUAAGACCAUUGAAUGCAAGGAUGCAAUAUUUGUUAUGACUUCCAAUCUUGCAAGUGAUGAGAUUGCCAACCAUGCACUACAUUUGCGUGAAGAAGCCAAACUGAGGGCCAAGCAGCUUCAAGAGGAAAGUAAACCAAAUGAAAUGACUGAGACUGUAACAAUAUCCAGACAGUUUAAGGAGAGAGUUGUCCAACCUAUACUUAAAAGGCAUUUCCGCAGGGAUGAAUUUCUGGGCCGCAUUAAUGAAAUUGUGUAUUUUUUGCCUUUCUCUGAAUCCGAACUAUCAGAACUCGUUCAGAAAGAACUCCAGCGAUGGUCCAAACGAGCCAAGGACAAGCACAACAUUGACUUAGAAUGGGACCACAGUGUAGAAGCAAUUUUGACGGAUGGAUAUGAAGUUAACUAUGGUGCUCGUUCAAUUAAAUACGAGGUUGAGCGGCGAGUUAUUAGUCAGCUGGCACUUGCUCAUGAGCGUGGAAGCAUAGCCCCAGGUAGCACUGUUCAAAUCCUAGUUGUUUGGCCAAAAAGUGAAACAGAAAGGCCCGUUAUUAGGUUGCGUGUUAAGGCAAAAGGAAGGAAGGAAUUUGUUGAUAUUGAUGAAAAGGAAUUGUCAGUGGCCAAAGCCGAUGAAGCAGGCAAUGGAUUCAUAUUCUAAGUUUAAAUCAAUCAAGGGGGAUUUAUUUUCCGAUGUCCUGAACAUUUGCUGGCAUUUGUUCAAUUGCCUUCCUGUUCUAAAGCUGUGAUUUUAAUAUUAAUUUCUAUUUGCUCUGCACUGCAAUUUAUUUUAUUUCUCUUCUUUUUUUUUAGAUGCCAUAUCUAUUACUAUAUGUUUAUAAUUCAUGUUAAUUUCAUGUCAUAAACCAAUGUCAGAAGCUUUGUUGUUGUUAUUGUUUGGCGGUUUUGAAAAGCUCAACUAUUUUCAGAUAGAAGGAAAGCUUUAUUUUUCUGUAUUUGCACACAAACACAUAAGGGAAAUACUUUUACCAUUCAUAUUUUUAGAGUAUAUUUGAGGAGAUAUUUUGGUACAAAUUUCACAUAGCUUAAAAUGACUAGAUGAGGGUUUUAAAGGUACAUGAUCUUAAACAUAAAACUUAUAAGUAGAUCUACAGUAACUGAACUCUGUGAUGAGACACUUUUUCAUUUCUUUGAUCACAUUCACUCAGCUUUUUUCAUAUGAGUGGUUUGGACUAGCUUCUGAAGUUUGCUGAUAUUUCCAUCAAAUUUUCUCUGAAAAAUCCUCAUGUAUACCCUACUUUACGUAAAAGUCAAGAGACAAUACAAUUUGAAGUUUUCAUCUAAUAUUUUCUACAAGGAUGUUAAAGGUAAACUGUUUGACUUCUAGCAAUGGAUUGCAGGAUGUAGUAGCUGCAAUAAUAAAUUAUACUACAGUAA